UAGGCCAAUUAGCAAUGGCGUCGACACAAUCUUCAACCUUUCGUGCUCCUAUUCAAAGUGUUCAGGAGCUCAUCAAAGAGCCCAUCCCUGCAGUCCCACAGCCAUUUAUCCUGGAUGAUCCGCAGCCUCCAAUUCUCUCAGCCAGCACUCCCCUGCCACUACUCCCCACCAUUGACAUGAAACAUUUAAUUAUGAGUGAAACCGCAGGUUCUGAGCUGGAGAAGUUGCACUCAACUUGCAAACAAUGGGGUUUUUUUCAGUUGGUGAACCAUGGAGUCAGCUCUUCACUUGUGGAGAAACUGAAAUCGGAGAUCGGAGAAUUUUACAAACUUCCCUUGGAAGAGAGAAUGAAAUACAAGAUGAGGCCCGGUGAUGUUGAAGGGUACGGGCAUCUUCCAAUCUGGUCAGAAGAUCAAAAACUUGACUGGGCUGAUAGGUUUUAUAUGAUAACCAACCCCAUACAUACAAGGAAGCCGUAUCUAUUACCAGAACUCCCUUCAUCGCUAAGGGAUAGCUUGGAAUGUUACUUAGCGGAGCUGCAGAAACUAGCGAUGAUGCUUCUAGGGUUUAUGGCCAAAGCUCUAAAGUUGGAGAAAGGAGAGAUGGAAGACUUGUUUGAGGAUGGGAUGCAAUCAGUGAGGAUGACUUACUAUCCUCCAUGCCCACAACCAGAGCUGGUUAUGGGGCUUACGCCUCACUCUGAUGCAACCGGCAUCACCAUCCUUCUUCAAAUUAAUGGAGUGGAUGGUCUCCAAAUUAAAAAGGAUGGGGUUUGGAUUCCUGUGAGCUUCCUUCCAGAUGCUCUUGUUGUGAAUGUAGGAGACGUUGUCGAGAUUCUGAGCAACGGGGUAUACACCAGCAUAGAGCACCGGGCAACAGUAAAUGCAGCAAAAGAGAGGAUCUCCAUUGCCAUGUUCUUCAAUCCCAAAUUCUCAGCUCAGAUUAAACCUGCACCCAGCCUGAUAAAUCCUCAAAAUCCGCCACUGUUCAAACAAGUAGGCAUGGAAAAAUACUUCAUAGAUUUCUUCUCCCGUAAGCUGGAUGGAAAAUCGUAUCUAGAGCAUAUGAAGAUAAAAAAUGAGGAAGAAUACAGUACCUGAAGUCAGGCUACAUGUAUAUGGUUAUGCUUAAUUAUGGUAUGCUAUGGUUUGGCAGUUGCAUGGAUCCUAGAAAGAUUAUAGCUUUGAGAUGGGUAGUAUUAUUACUAUCUUAUUACGUACACUUGUCAAAUAAUUUCUGUAAAAUAAGGAUUUCCUGUAGCGAGUUGUUGUAAUGUUGUUUCCAUGUUAUACAUAAAUAAGAUUGUAUAAAUUAUAUAAAGAAGAAAAAAAAUUUGUC